CCUUUCCGGAGCCCCGAGGGGCCGGAGCUCCUGGCGGUGCCGACUCCUGACUGCGGCCUUCCCCUGGGUCUGUCUGCCAAAAUGUCUGAAAGAUCAGAUCUCCUUCACUUCAAGUUUGAAAAUUAUGGAGAUUCAAUGUUACAAAAAAUGAACAAAUUAAGAGAAGAGAAUAAAUUUUGUGAUGUUACAGUUCUCAUAGAUGAUAUUGAGGUACAGGGGCAUAAAAUUGUGUUUGCUGCAGGUUCCCCCUUCUUAAGAGACCAGUUUUUACUGAAUGAUUCCAGAGAGGUGAAAAUCUCCAUAUUACAGAGUUCCGAAGUGGGGAGACAAUUGCUCUUAUCCUGUUAUAGUGGUGUGCUGGAAUUCCCUGAGAUGGAACUGGUAAAUUACUUGACUGCUGCGAGUUUUCUUCAGAUGAGCCACAUUGUAGAACGGUGCACACAGGCCUUGUGGAAGUUUAUAAAGCCAAAACAACCAAUGGAUAGUAAAGAGGGAUGUGAACCGCAGAGUGCUUCUCCCCAGUCAAAAGAACAGCAGGGCGAUGCCAGAGGCUCCCCAAAGCAGGACUCACCUUGUAUUCAUCCAUCUGAAGACAGUAUGGAUAUGGAGGACAGUGAUAUUCAGAUUGUUAAGGUAGAAUCUAUUGGGGAUGUAUCAGAGGUUAGAAGUAAAAAAGAUCAGAACCAGUUUAUUUCUUCUGAACCCACUGCUUUACAUUCAUCAGAGCCCCAGCACUCCCUGAUAAAUUCAACUGUGGAAAACAGAGUAAGUGAAAUAGAACAAAACCAUCUCCACAAUUAUGCCCUCUCUUACACAGGCAGUGAUAACAUCGUCAUGGCCUCAAAAGAUGUCUUUGGGCCUAAUAUUCGAGGUGUAGACAAAGGCCUACAGUGGCAUCAUCAAUGCCCAAAGUGUACCAGGGUGUUCCGCCACCUGGAGAACUACGCCAACCAUUUAAAAAUGCACAAACUCUUUAUGUGUCUACUCUGCGGGAAGACUUUUACUCAAAAAGGCAAUCUUCAUCGACACAUGCGUGUGCAUGCCGGCAUUAAACCUUUCCAGUGUAAGAUCUGUGGGAAAACCUUUUCUCAGAAGUGUUCCUUACAGGAUCAUCUUAACCUUCACAGUGGAGAUAAGCCCCAUAAGUGUAACUAUUGUGACAUGGUUUUUGCACAUAAGCCAGUUUUGAGGAAACACCUUAAACAACUGCAUGGCAAAAACAGCUUUGAUAAUGCCAAUGAAAGAAAUGUGCAAGACCUCACAGUGGAUUUUGAUUCUUUUGCAUGUACAACAGUCACAGACUCUAAAGGGUGUCAGUCACAGCCUGAUGCAACACAGGUCCUGGAUGCAGGUAAACUGGCCCAAGCUGUCCUGAACUUAAGGAAUGAUAGUACCUGUGUGAAUUGAACAAAUUAGGGGCUUUAUGCUCAAAACUAGAACUGACCGAAAACGUGGCAAUAGUCUGAGUCUUUUUAGGAGUGAUUUUGCUAGUUUGACUUCUCCAAAGCCUCUGUGCAGGUUAUAGGAGGGCAUCAAAGUACUAACAGUCCAAACAAUUUACCACUUGGAGUGGUUUUGCCUUCCUUUUACCCUCUCCCCCUUUCUGUUUUGAAUUAUCUUGUGACUUCUGUUUUCCUUUCCCAAGGAGUAUUCCAUUUGUCUACCUAAUAUUGACUUAUAUUUCAGACUGACACUAUUUUAGGUUUUUCACUGGGCACAUUCUGAAGGAACCAACAAGUUAAUAACACCACCUGCACUCCAGUAAUUGAUGCUAUUCAGAGAAGUGAAAUAGCUUUUUUGGCAGAAAAAUAGACAGAUAUGAAGUGAUAAUGCUGUUGACCUGAAUAUGUGAUAGAACUCUGGCUGCCUAUUGAUAAUUUAUCUGUCUGAUGAAUGAAUGAAUCUACUUCCUACCAUUUGUACUUUUCUUGGAGUUAGCUAUAAAGAGAUGUUUUUGGUUGUUCUGCACUCUCUUCAACAGUAUUAUGACCCAAUUUCAUGUCACUGAAUUGUUCACAUAGACCAGAGUGCAAUCUUUUCAGCAACACCUGCAGACACAGUUAGGUAUCACCAUGAGGAGCAUAAUCAGCAAGGACAGAAGUAUAACUACAACAGUUUUACAUGAAAAGUCUUCCUCAAAAGAAGCCAAAUGCUUAUACUUAAUGUGUAACUUAUCUGUUCAUGCUUUUUAAGUCAGGAUGGUUCCCAGCAUACCAAAACGUGCUCAAGUAUAAUGGUCUCUCUAGAAAGAAACUAUCUGGGAGUCAGUCUUUGGAGCCUGUUUUGGAAGGUAAUCAUCAGAAAGGUGUCUAGCCCUCAGAAAGGUGUUAGGCUUUCAGAGUUUUGUCCAGUGUACUCUAACAGUCUCUGAAUUCUCAUUUUCUCAUGUACCUUGAUUUCUAAAAUGGAUGAAAAAAGUGAGUCACAAAAUGGAGCAAUCAGGCUUUUUUGCAUUCAGGUUUUCCUACAGUCCCACCUUGCCAUGUUUGAGACAUUGCUGUACGAAGUUGAUCUUCCAGUAUGGUAAAACAGGACGAGUGUUUGUCCUAAAGCACAUGUUAUAGUUCAGAAAUAAAAUGUUGAGUCUCAUUAGUUUCUGACCCAUGAGUUAGAUAUAGGUAAUAGGAGUGUUAGAGUCUUUAGAGAAUCUUAAGAGAUCAUUUUCUCCACCUCUCUUUUUUUAAGUUGGGGUAUCCAAAACCCAAAGAGGUGGCCUGGCCAGGUUUGGCCAAAGUAAAUAAGUGACAAAACAUGAGCUAAUGUCUUAUUUUUUUUCUCACUACCCCUUGAUUUAAAAAAAUUUAGUACAUGAUGAAGAAUACAUUAGGAAAAAGCUCACCUUUGUGAAUCCCUAUUGGCUUUCUGAGACAGCCUGGAUUUUGCAAACAAAAUAUCACAAAAGGAUUUAUUUUGUUAGUUAUUUUUUAGUUAAAAUGAAUGUUACAUUCUCCCCAGGCAAGUGACUGAUUUGCUGAGUGUUGGUUAGGGAGGGAAAGGACAAAUAAGAAUAAAUGUGAGAAGGAUCUAAAUGUGAAACUAAUUUUGUCUGGAAACUGUUUAUUUAGUUUCCAUCAGGAUUUUCCAUUUUUUGAGUUAUGGGAUUGCAUGUACAAAUAAACCAAAUACUAGGUUUAACUUGAGUAGUCAGAAUUCUUAACAGUUAUACUUCGAUACAUUUACCUGUGAAUCUGAUUUGAGGUAUAAUUUGUACCUUUGUUAAAAGAUUUAAAACGAGAAUAAAAUUGAGUGAUAAGACUAAUAGUUAUCUUAAGCCUAAGGCCACUCAUUAUAUGGUCUAAUGAUGCUGCCUAGCAUUCUAAUUGUUCUAUGACCCAGCCAAAGAGUACCAGUUCUAUGCAACAGUGAGACACUACCAUGUUAACCACCUUUUCACUAUUUCCUUCGAACAUCAUUUUAUUGCAGAAAUUUCAUGUUGGAGUGCUUCCUUUGCUUACAUUCAUGUCUAUUUUUGUUACUGGUUUGAAGACUAAAAGGCAUGGGUUCAAAUUAGAUUGGUCUUUUUGGUUGGAGACUAUUUCUGGGUUCAUUUAGUCAUUCAAGAAACAUUGAUUGAGCACCUACUGUUGCCAGGCAUUAUGCUACAUGCUGAGGAUAUGAAGGUAAGAUUGCAAUGAUCCCUGCUCUCACAGAGCUUACAGUCUCAUGUGGUCUUAGAAAGCUAAGAUAUUGAUUUGCUUUUAUACUAGGAAUAACAAAGGAAACUGCCUUGCUUUCUUUGAGCACUUAAAAUCAGCAUCUUGGUGGUUUUGUAUCAGUAAAAGCUAUAGUUCUCAUCUUUUGUAACUGCAAACCACUGAAGUGAUUGACAGUCUCCAUUUCUUGGCUGGAGAGGUGUUCUGUUUCUGUGAGACAUUUCAUUAAUUUUGGUGGGAUUUGACUUGUCCUUCUUUGUUUAUACACAUUUCUUAGAUUGUAUUGCAAAGUGGUCAAGUUAUUGACAUCAAAUAAGUUUUAUAGGGGAAGAUUUUUAAAAACCUUAUUCAGCAUUUGUAUCGUAUGGUUCCCCAAAAUAACUAAAUAGGGAGAACACUCUUUUUACCAUAGUUUUUUUAAAUUACUGUAUCACAUUUAUUUAUUUAUUAUUUAAUUUUAAAGACAAACUCCAAACUGAAGCGGCUCUGAGGUAAAUCAGAUAUGGUUUUAAUUUGUUUUAGUUUCUUUUAGAAAAUCUGUAAGUGGAGGGUGACCAGUGUCACUACUUUUAAAUAUUGUCCUAAACAAACAACCUAGAACAUUUUAUUUCAGCUGGUGAAUAGCUGUUCUAAACCUGUUGUAUGUUAGACAUACUUUGAACUACCUCUUCACUUAUUAUGGGGAAGUUUCCUUAA